AUGGAUCCCCAGAGUUGUGGUGCGCGAAAACGCGCCAAGACCGCCGGGCUAAGGUUUUCUGAUCCGCAACUCACUGUCAUCAACGUUCAUCACUGUCCUUCCACCAUCACCACCUCGUCGAACAACCUCUAUCGGUAUCCGAUCACUCCCCUCUACCGGACCUUUUCCUACUUGCACGAACGAACGCCUCGUCCCGACAGCACCCAGGCCACUAUGCCGGUCAAGGGCGGCGUAUGGACGAACGUCGAGGACGAGGUCCUCAAGGCAGCCGUAUCCAAGUACGGCCUCCAACAAUGGUCUCGAUGCGCUUCGCUUCUUGCGCGUAAGAGCGCGAAACAAUGCAAGGCGCGAUGGAACGAGUGGCUGGACCCUAGCGUGCGCAAGGUGGAAUGGUCCAGGGAGGAGGACGAGAAACUCCUGACCGCGAGUCGCCUGCUUCCCGGACAAUGGCGAUCCAUCGCUAGCAUUAUCUCGAACAGGACGGCGACCCAAUGUCUGGAGAGAUACCAAAAGUUGCUGGAUGAGGCCGAGGCGAAAGAGAGCGGCGAGCUGGGACUCGCAGGUCCCGAGGGAGGAGAAUCAGCGCCAACUGCCGACGAUGUACGGAAACUGAGGCCCGGGGAAGUCGACCCGGAGCCGGAGUCUCGGCCAGCCAGACCUGAUGCGCAGGACAUGGAGGAGGAUGAGUUGUCCAUGUUGUCAGAGGCGAGAGCUAGGUUGGCUAACGUCAACGGCAAGAAGGCUAAGAGGAAGGCCAGGGAGAGGGAGCUGGCGACAUCACAUCGGCUGUCAGUAUUGCAGAAGCGCCGGGAACUAAAGGCCGCUGGGAUAAAUAUCAAGAUUGUGACCAAGAAACCUGGUCAGAUGGACUACUCGGCCGAUAUUCCACUCGAGAAGCAAGUACCAGCUGGUUUCUACGAUACCACCGAGGAACAGCAACGGAACGAACGACAGCGAGAGGCUUUCGACCCUAGGAAACAACAACUCGCGAACAAGCGGAAAGCUGAUCAAGACGAGCCAGACGACCGCAAGCGCAAGAAGAAUGACAAUGGACAUGCGUCGGUGGCAGCGGCUGCAGCGAAGGCAGCCCAGGCACAGAAGAUACGAGAGGCAGAGCGUAGCAGCAAGCGACGAGGACUUGUUCUACCGGCGCCUCAAGUGUCGGAAGGCGAAUUGGAAGACAUUGUAAAAAUGGGAAUGGCUGGCGAGCGGGCGAGUCAGUAUGCAGGCAGUAGUGAGAACGAUGCCACUAGAGGGUUGAUUGGCAACUACUCCCACAUUGUCGGCGGCACACCCAUUCGGACACCACGAGCGGCGCCUGAGGAGGACCAUAUUGCGAAGGAGAUACAAAACGCUCGCGCAAGGACAGACACCCAGUCAGCUUUGCUUGGUGGAGAGAACCCAGACUACGAAGAGGGUGCUGGCACGGCAGGUUUGGCUGGCACAGGACCCAGGUCACAAAUGUUCACACCGAACCCUAUGGCAACACCUUUCCGACAAGGCGGCGCUGUAGGAGCCACACCAAUGCGAGCGGGGCCUGGUGCCACUCCCAUGCUUACACCUAGGGACAACUUCCGUCUUAACGAAGCUGGCGGAUUGCAACUAAUCGGACAGACCCCUAAGGACAUCAAACGCCACGAGAUUGCUUUGCGCCAGAGCUUGAAGAGCAAGUUUGCCGCGUUACCGAAGCCAAAAGAGACGGAAUGGGAAUUCGAGCUCCCGGAGGAGCAACAGGGGGGCAGUAUGGACGUGGAUAUGACGGAAGAAGACGCCGCAGAGCGAGAUCGAAAGAACAAGCUCCUCCGCGAUGCAGCAGAACGUGCAGAGUUUAAACGCCAAACUCAGGUCAUCCAGAAAUCCCUACCUAGGCCGUCCACGAUUGAGGCUGAUAUCGUGCUCAAACAAGCGCGCGCAAAUCCCGACCCUGUCCUGAGCGCCAUUCAAACGGAGAUGGCUCUGCUCAUGGCGAAUGACGCGAUGAAAUUUGGCGGAGGAAGGGUGAAGGGGACUUCGAGGCCUUUGGACACCUUCGAUGAUGAGGAACUCAACAAUGCCAGGGCGGAAUUAGCACUGGAGAUGUCUGCGAGCGAUGAUUUGGAACUGCCCGAACCCCAACUUCCAGGCCGCCUGGAAUUUGACAAUGUGCAGAACAAGCUCAUGGAGACUGCGGAGAAGGCCAACAAGAUCGAGACGAAAUUAGGCGUGACGCUGGGCGGAUACCAGAAACGUGCCAAGCUGCUUCGGAAGAAGAUCGAGGAUGCUGCGGAGGCACUGGAAGACUCUCAGAUCGCAUUGGAAACAGCUAGGACGCAAGUAGGGUCAGAGGAUUUAGCGAUUGCCCGAAGGCUUGAGCAGCUAAGAGCUGAGGUUGCCCUUGUGAGCCGGAAGGAGAGAGAGUCCCAGGAGGUGUAUCGGGCACGAAAGGAGGAGCUCGACUCCCUCGAGGUUCCCGUCAAUGGUGUUCAUUGAGCGGUUCAUUUCUACAUCUUCUGGAUGUAAGCAUUAGCAUUUGAAGUAUUAGGCAUUGCAACUGUAAUUUUAGGUGUUCCAUAAUUGAUCGAGGGUCCCCUGACUCAUUGCCGCCUG